GGCGUGGGGGGGUGGGGGGUGGGGGGAUCCCGUGUCGCCGCCGCCACCCUCCGCUGGAUCCAUUGUGAGGAAAUUGCCAUUCGCCGGCAGCGGCGGCACAUCUGGGCGGGCGCAUCUGGGCAAACAACAUCGGCUCCCGCCGGCUGCCUCCAACGUCCUCCAACCGGCCGAACGGAUCUCACCGGGCCGCCAGGGAAGCUCCUGCUCGUCAGCCCCGGGCUCUUUCGGGCUGAAUCUUAAAAAAAACCCUGACAGAGCGGGAGGUGGGGUGGGGUGGAAAUAAAGGCUGCUAUUUUUUUCCCCUGGGAUUUAUUUCAUGGGGAUGUGUUCAAGACAAGAGAGGAUUCAGAAGGAUAUUGACGUUGUGAUCCAAAAGUGCAAGGCGGAGAAGGACUGCCUGUUUGCAGAUUUCAGGUACUCAGACUCCACCUUUACCUUCACCUAUAUUGGAGGCUCCAAAAGUGUAUCCUAUUCAGUGCAUGUCUCUGAGGAUUACCCAGAUAACACUUAUGUUUCCAGUUCUGAUAACGAUGAAGAUGUGUUAGUUACAACAGAGCCAAUUCCAGUAAUUUUCCACCAAAUUGCUACAGAAUUAAGAAAAACCAGUGAUGUCAACUGUUGCUUAUCCAUAAAGUCAAAAUUACAGAGGGAGACUGGAGAGGAGUCACAACACAGCAGCACAUUUGAUGAAGACUCUGAAGGAGAUAAUGACUCUGAAGAAUUUUAUUAUGGAGGACAGGUUAGCUAUGAUGGAGAACUUCACAAGCACCCACAGCUGGAGGCUGAUUUAACCGCAGUGAGAGAGAUCUAUGGACCUAAUGCAGUAUCUCUCAGGGAAUAUGGAGCCAUUGAUGAUGUAGAUAUUGAUCUACAUAUUGAUGUUAGCUUUCUUGAUGAGGAGAUUGCUGUGGCUUGGGAUGUAAUUCGCACAGAGCCUAUAAUAGUGCGAUUGCACUGUUCACUUACACAGUACCUAAAUGGUCCAGUGCCAACUGUGGAUGUAUUUCAGAUCUCUACUAAGGAAAGAUUUGGACUGGGACAUCAGCUGAAAAAAAUCAUGCAGACAUUUGUUACACAACAGUGGAAGAACAGUAAAGAAAAAUCUAACUGUACGCACAAUAAGAAGGUGUCCGACAAAAAGGUGAAAUCCCCUCUGCACAUCUUUUCUACAUUGCGCAGGUCGCCAAGUUAUCCUCCACCUGGCUGUGGUAAAAAUAAAUCAAAACUGAAGUCAGAACAGGAUGGCAUCUCCAAGACUCACAAACUACUGAGAAGGACUUGCUCUAGCACAGUGAAGGCGGAGGAUGUGUGUGCCACAAAAUCUCACAGAACCUUUGGCCGCUCGUUGUCGAGUGACCCUAGGGCUGAACAGACAAUGGCUCUCAGAUCGCACAAACUGCUGAGCCGCACUUGCUCUGCAGCUGCCAAGCAGGAGGAGUGCAUCGCUUUAAAGCCCCAUAAGGUGUUAAACAGGUCGUGCUCUGGGGAUCCUCGAUGUGAGCACAACAGCACCUUGAAGCCCCACAAACUUUUAAGCAGAUCCUACUCCAGUAACCUUAGAAUGGAAGAAUUGGAUGGAUUGAAGAAUCACAAGUUGCUCAGCAAGACUUACUCCAAUGCCCCUAAAUCAUCCAAAAUGGAGCCUUUCAAGGAGGCCACCAUGGCAGAGAGCAGGAGGCUCUCUCUUACCUCAGGGCUUAUUGGUAUCUUAACACCAUCCUCAUCAUCACCUCCACAAGCUGCUCAAAAUUAUGGUGCAAAAUGCGUUCCUGCGCGAGACCGUGGCUUUCUUGUGCAGACUAUUGAAUUUGCUGAGCAGCGGAUACCAGUAUUGAAUGAAUACUGUGUAGUUUGUGAUGAACCUCAUGUGUUCCAGAACGGCCCAAUGCUGAGGCCUACUGUCUGUGAACGAGAACUCUGUGUAUUUGCUUUCCAAACAUUAGGAGUGAUGAAUGAGGCUGCUGAUGAAAUUGCAACUGGGGCACAGGUGGUUGAUCUGUUAGUGUCUAUGUGUCGGUCUGCAUUAGAAUCACCUAGGAAAGUCGUCAUUUUUGAGCCAUAUCCAUCUGUAGUUGAUCCUAAUGAUCCUCAGAUGCUGGCCUUUAACCCCAGGAAGAAGAACUAUGACCGAGUCAUGAAAGCAUUGGACAGUAUCACUUCCAUCAGAGAGAUGACACAGGCACCUUACUUGGAAAUAAAGAAGCAGAUGGAUAAACAAGACCCGCUUGCACAUCCUCUUCUACAAUGGGUUAUUUCUAGUAAUAGAUCACAUAUUGUGAAGCUACCAGUGAAUAGGCAACUAAAGUUUAUGCACACUCCCCACCAGUUCCUUCUUCUCAGCAGUCCACCAGCCAAAGAAUCCAAUUUCCGAGCUGCUAAAAAUCUCUACGGAAGUACCUUUGCAUUUCAUGGUUCACACAUUGAAAAUUGGCAUUCCAUCCUGAGAAACGGCUUAGUUGUUGCUUCCAAUACGAGGCUGCAGCUCCAUGGUGCAAUGUUUGGAAGUGGAAUCUACCUUAGUCCAUUGUCAAGCAUAUCAUUUGGUUACUCAGGGAUGAACAAGAAGCAGCAGAAGGUGUCAGCUAAAGAUGAACCAGCUUCAAGCAGUAAGGGCAGUAAUACAUCACAGUCGCAGAAGAAAGGACAGCAGUCACAAUUUUUGCAAAGCCGUAACUUAAAAUGCAUAGCCUUAUGUGAAGUGAUAACCUCACCUGAUCUGCACAAACAUGGGGAGAUAUGGGUAGUUCCCAACACGGAUCAUGUGUGUACAAGAUUUUUCUUUGUUUAUGAAGAUGGUCAAGUGGGUGAUACAAGUAUAAAUACACAGGAACCAAACAUUCAUAAAGAGAUUCUUCGAGUCAUUGGCAAUCAAACUGCUACUGGUUAAAAGGACCACUCUUAUUUAAUUGAUUUGAAGCCUUCCUCAGUCUCAAAGCUGGAUUUUGAACUGAAGAAGAUGCAAAAAACUAAUUUAUUAUUACUACACUAAGCAAAUUAAGCAUUUGAAUACUUACUGUUUUCUUACUUAGUAUUUCUUAUCUCAUCAAAAUGCCUGAGAUGGUAUCAAUUAGCAACUGUAGGGGUGCAAAGUCUAUAAUUAUACUAAAACAACUAAUAAUUAAACAGGCAUUUGGGUUGCUGUCAAUAAGCAGACAUUAAAAGGAUUUUUGUGCUGAUAUUUUUAUACUAAACUUCAAUUGGAAGUUUUAGUACUGUAUACUGGUAUUUUCAAUUAAGAAUGACUGAAUUACAAGUAAGAGAGAUUUUAUAGCGGAGCACCUGUAUUAUGCAGGAUACUUUGCAAUAAGUAAAAUAUUCUGGUAUUAAAACACAAUAAAAGGUUGUCUGAAACAUGUAAAAUGGAAGAGAUUGGUUACCUGCAGCUAUCUUUGAUUCUUUUUAUUUUACAAAAAUGCAGUUAGCAUUUAGACUCAAAAGUGAAAACAACAAUGCAUUUUUUAUUUACUGGGUGCAACAAAGCAAAAUGAAUGUGAUGGUAUAUGUUCAGCUUUCUUUAUCUUCUCUGAAGCACUGUCAUACCCAUUAAGCAGCUCAGUUGCAUUUUUUAAUUAUACAAGCCUAGGAAACACCUGGAAAACCUAAAACUGUUAAUUUCUUUUUGAAUUUUUGUUUUUGUAUACUAGAUUUACAAUGUCAUUAGAUCAACAUGGUUUUUUCAUGUUUGCAUCUUAACUUCAGUGAAACUGCUCUGUGAUGAAUUUUAUCCACAUAUUUUAAAGUAAGUGCUGAGUUAAGGCUUUUACUUGGUUGAGUUGAUUGAUGGUGCAUCAGAAAAGAUAUACAAAUGCAAAAUUUUACUGAUUUUAUCUUGGUAAAAUAGUUUUAUUAAUUGAUUUAUAAGAGAUAAGAAAUCAAUUUAAAUAUCUCUUUCUUUUAAAUUAACAACUAUUUUUUCCAAGUGAAGUAGGAUGGCAACACAGACAGAGAAGGGUCCAGUCUCCAUCCUGUGCCCUGAUGAAUGCCUUUGGCAGCCCUCACGGUGGCUAUUCUGAAGCAUCAAUCAAACCCUUGAAUAUGGAGAGCAGUUCAACUUACCCAUCUGUGCAACCACUACAAGCCAACUCAGAAAGCAAAACUAGACUGAAACCUCUUUUAUGUUACUUUCAUAAUAAAGAUACUAAAGCACUAAAUAACAGCACAACAGAGCACAGGUGUGUUUGUUUCUUUUAAACAGAACUGAAUUAGAUAUGCUGUAAUGUGUGAUUCCAUAUUUCUAGUUCAUGCUACACUCCUGUAUUACUUGCUGCAGUUGAAGUGCCCUACAAGUAAAAUAGUGGUGUUUGGCCUAGGAGCAUAUACCUGGGGAUGUAUUUUAGCAUUCUGCACUUACUUGCUUUAGUUUUAGUUUUUCUUGGUUCAUACCCAUAAAGCAAAUUCUGUUUGCAUAUCCCCAUUUUGCUGUUAGUUCUAUUGACUUGCACCCUCAUUUGGUGGACUUCUAACUUAGAUAAGCACUACUCCAAUUGUUGUCUUUCAUGUUGAGACACAGGUUAACUUCUUGAAACAAAGAGGUUUCCUGAAAUCUGUCUGUCUACAUAAGGAGUGCCAUAGGUUAUGUGACUGCAAAAAGUCAAUAUAAUUCAGAAGUGGAGCUGAAACCCUGGCUUGACCAUCUCUGUGUAAUGGUCCUGCCCUAUGUGUCUGAAUCACUGUUUUGCCUAACAAAAAGAAACUGGGAAGCGACUUCACAAAGAUGUUUUAUGAUUAUUUGCUGGGCUGAUAGUCCUCUUCCAAAAUAAAAUCUAGGAGAAAAGAGAGAUGACCAUGAGUGAGCUGGAGAAGCCAACUAAACAGUCAUCUUUCCUGUCCCCUCAAGCUUAUAGCAGUCAGAAAUUAAAUCCUUGAAGGAAGGAAUCUGAAAUGCAGCUAAUGAUUUUUUGCGUUGAGGGAUCGUGACACUGGUCAUGCAUGAUGCCUCAUAAGUACAACCCCAGGAAAAGGAAGAAUACAUCUCUGCCAAAUGUUAAGACGGCUCAGAGGUUUAUUUUAAAUGGAUGAGCUACAGUAAGGGACAGUGGGGGGGAAAACAGGACUCCAGGUUGUAUGGAGGCUUUGCUUUUGUAAGGUGCCUGUCUCAGGGAGUGCUGAGGUGACCCUCUUAAGGAGGGAGAAGGAUGGUGAAUAAAAGGCAGAAUGUGACAAGCAGGGGGGUUACAAAACAGUAGAAGAGGGCAAAACCUUUCAAGGAGAAAGGUAGUUCUGAAGGGACAAGAUGGCAUUAGCAUCUGGGGUCCUUCAUGCUGCAUGGCAGGAAAAGGGACUGGCAGAACCAAGCUGCAGCAUGGGGAUUCACAGCCCAGGCAAUGUGGGGCAGCACCAUACUCAGGGCAACAGGACCACUUGAAAAAAGUGUCACUAGGCUACAGUGCAGAGACACAAGCCCAGUGUCACACAUAAACAGCAAUUGAACUGGAACAAAAUUCUUUGGCCAGAAACUCGAUCAUGUUUUUCUUUAGCCAGUAUAUUAAUGAGACACUUCCGAGGCAUUGCAUUAUGUGCAGGUGAAUUUGAAUCUUCAGAUCAUUUGACAAAGUAUUAGUUUUCAUUAUCUUUAAAAGAUGAGGGGAAGGAAGGAUGUUCAUUUGGUAACUGUUACUCAAAAAUCCUUACAUAGGAAACGUCAAAGCUGAAACAAGGACUUUUAUCACUAAGAACUGGAAUGAAAAGGCCUGAGGAUAAGAUUUUCUUUGAAGGAUUUGUCCUUUGGGGUUUUAUACAAAGGUGGAAGUUGCAUGUUGCCAAACGCUUCCAAAUAACUUACAUUAACACGGAUUCCAGGGGAUGAAAAAUAAAAAUCCCAGGGUCAUUUGAGCAAGACCCUAUGCUAUGCCCAAAGCCCUUGCAUUUCCCUUCCUCUGUUACCAUGCACACAUAUUGGUGAUGGACAAAUCAUUGUAACUCCUGCUGUAAAAGAUGCAGGGUUUCCACAAAUGGCUUUUAAUCAAAGUAAAGCCCCAACCUGUGCCAUCUCUCGUGGUAGAAAUUUCCAUGAAGUCAUUGCUGUCACCAUACCCAGUAUGGAGCAACCAAGGGAGCUCUUGUUAAAUAGCCUUCUAACUUCUUGCUACAUCCUAAAACAAAAUUCAAGCCCUCCUCAUGGUGGAAAGGUUUGACAGAAAAAUUACAUUAGUCCCUUAAUGUUGCACCCUAAUUAUGAAUUGUCAUAUUUAUACUGUUGAGUAUCUUAAACAUUGAAAAAGUAUUCCAGAAAGAAGCUUUUAAAUUCCUUGAGAUUCAGGCAAGAAUUUAGCAUCCAAGGGCUAAAUUAAGCAAUUUGAGGUAUCUAUACAAAUCUAUACGAAUCAACAUGGCCCUGUUUUCUUCAGCAGUGCAACACUGUUUUGGUAACCCAAAUCUUGGCUUCUUAUUACUUACCAUAAAGUGGCCAGGUUGUGUAAUAUUUUGGUUAUUGUUUUACAGGAACUAGUCAAUGACACUGGAAUUUUUUAGGCUUCAAUUUUUCCUCUACAGCCCUUGAAAAAACUUAAUGAAGCUGAAUGAUUUUAACAUAAUAGCUGUUGGUACUAAAAAUGCAUCCGGUGAAUGAUGCUAAGAUUAUACUUUUGUUAGUACAAAUAUAAAGUCACUCCAGAUUAAGACUUUGUGCAUAGAUCAAUUAAACUUUGCUUAUAAAUCACUUACUACUGUGGAAACAAUUAGCUGUUUCCUGCCAGGAUAAAUAAAAAAUAGUAGAAAAAGCCAAAGAGGAAACAACUGAAUUAAGAGAUUCAUGGUUUAGAAGGAGAUACUAAAAAAACUCCAAACCCUAGACAAAUGCAAAAGUAGUAUCUAGUUACUUAACUAUAUUAAUUUGGAUGGAUUUUUUUCUUGGCUCUGGGAAAUGAAAGUGAGACACAAAGAAUAUGAGCCAUGACUUGCCACAUGCAGCCUCUGCUGGCAGUGCUGCUGCAACUGGAAUGGCCCUGGCCACCCAUUCUCUUCUCUCCUGUGGCACACAGCAUCCUGUGGUGUUUUAUUUGCAAAAUUGAGGUGUUAAUGUGGUGUCUGUGCAAUUUCUUCAUUACAAACACCACCUCAAGGUAAGGGAUGAGCCUGUUGAGGAAACUGAGCAAGGUCUGUUGCUUGUAGACCAGUUAAGAUUCUGUGAAGCACCAGAAGAUGUUCAGAAAGGAUCUUGAGUCCAGUCAGAUGAAUAUAUUCCUUAAAUAAAUUCCACUCAGGAGUGGAGUGACACGUGCUUCAGAAGGGGAUAAAUAAAAGGGGAUAAAUAAAAGGGGAUAAAUAAAAAUGGGAAAAUUUGCUCCAAGCAGAGCGUCAUUCUGUGUGCAUCGUACUGAGUGAAAUGCACAAGGAUGUCGCCAGGAGUUUGAAUUUCCCGAUUUGUGUUUGGAAACAGGUCUGAAAGCACUGACCUCCUCUGUCUGUCCUGGCAUGUCAGUGUUGUACUCCUGCUCACCAGCUGUAGCAGCAGCCACUGACAAGAGCUGAAGGAAUGAGACAGCUUGAACUGCUGUUCCAUAGCGUUUUGAUUGCAUGUUCCUGCUAAGUUUCAGUCUACCACAGAACAGCUACGAUGUAAAUUACUGCCCAUUGCACUUUGCAUUGGGAUUUUGUAUAUGUACUAGGCAUAAGGCUUUUGUAAAGGGAAAACAAAAUUAGUUUUUAGAUGAACAUAUCUACUGUGUUGAAAACCUGUUGAGAAGAUUGCAUUAGACAUUUAUCAAAAAGUCAGUAAAAAUAGUCCUUAUACAUAGAAAUUUAAUUUAAUGUUCUAAAAAUAAUUUUUUAACUUACCCAGUAUAUAUUGUAUCUUUGAAUUUUAACAAACAGCCACUCUUUUAUGUAAACAUAAAAUAUGCCAAUGUUUCUUUUAACUCCAUAACUUUUUUUGUCUCCAGAUAAAUUUAUUAAAUUCUGUGCACAAAAUCAUACUGCAGCCUGCUAUUUAGCCUAUGGUGCCUUAGAGUUACUCAAAUAUUUAACAAAAUGGAGAUAAUGUAAAUACUGCCAGAAGAUCACUAAGGCCAAAUAUUUUCUCUAUUCACUUUUUACUGCACUUGCUUUCUAUUGCUAUUUAAGCCUCUUUUAUUCAGCUUUGUAACAGCUAUAGCAUUGUAGCCAAUGUAAAUGUUUACCUUCAAUAAAUCAGAAUUUGUUCAACAAGCACUGGGCAUUUGGGCACUAUUUUGAGAACUCUUUUUGAAGUUAAAACAGCCAUCUAAGAAUUAAACUGCAUCUGAAGCAGUUUCUUGACUUUUGCUAAUCUCAACAACAUCUAAAAGUUUUGCCAUGCUUUUACACAUGUUUUAAAAGUAAUUUUUUUUUGCAGUGAUCUUUUUAAAAACACUUAGAUGAACAGUAAAAACAGCUUUUCUUGCUGUGUUUAUCUGAAUGGGUUACCCAACUAUAGUAAAAGCAUUAUUUUGCAUGUACAGUAUCAUAAAAUGCCAAAAGAUGUCUCAAGAUGCUUCUUAUAAUUGCUUUUAAAGAAGUCCUCUGUUUUUCUGUAGAGCUGUUUUUGCCAUGAAAACACAGCAAAUAUAUAACAAACUGUGUCAUACUUCAAUGUGGCUAUGUUUAAAGUAUAAAUACACAUCUGCAACUCAUAAAAUAUGCAGGCAUUAGUGGGACUGGUUAUUAAUUCUGUGAGUGUACUGUUUUUUUCACUGCCUGUGAGCUCAUUUUAAUUAUAUGGGUGGACGUAACUUGCAACUUUUGAAAGUUUUACCUUUUGUUUGUUAAAUUUAUUAUUUUGUGAUUGCAGAUUUUGGAUUGAAAGAGUCAAAGUAGUACUUACUAUUGUUUUGACUGCUGUGAAGCGUAUUACACAAAUAUGACUAUCAGAGAGACAAAAUGAUACAUCAUUGCUACUCUAAAUGACUGAUAAUUUGCCUUCGAUUUAAGUGUAGAGGCUGGAGCUUGAAUUCUCUAAUAGAAGAGAUAUUCCAAAUUUUAGGGAUCUUAAAUUUGGAAGCAGCAACUUCCAAACUCACAAAAGAAGAGCUGAUCAGUGGGGAAAUCUCAGACGUCUGUAGAAUUGAUAUGCACAGAGAGCAGGAGGGACAGAAUUUAUAUUUGCUUUGGUUUAAAUUCAUUUCCAAGUGACUACCUCACAAGUUCUCUCAGUAUGCACCAAUAUUAAGUUUUCUGUUGAGAAGGUCUUUGGUACAUUUUAUUCACCUGUUGAAUAGUUCUGUGUGGGACCCAAGAGAUUAGUAAUCCAAACAGUAAUUCACAGCAGUAAAAAAAUUAUUGCAGUCAACAAGAGCUACUUUCAAAUGCACACAUUGCAUUUUUAACUGGAGGAAGAGCAGAGUAUCUCCUAAGAAAAUAUCUCACCAUUGCACAAAGGACAGAAACCUUUCAUUAAGCCAUGUUUGCACACUUAACCAACAUCUCUUUUUUGGAAGUAGUGUGCAGUGCAGAUUGGAGCAAGUAAUUUUGCACAGGAGUCACAGCCUUGGCCCCCCUCCCUGAAGUACUGUAAGGCAACUUAAAUAGAGCUGUGUCAAAUGAAUGAAGCCAGUAGUAGCUGAGGGCCACAACUUUGCUGUGCCCCAGCUCUCAGCACAGUGCAAAUACUUUAAGAGAAGAAAACUUAAGGAAUGAAGCAAAGGGCUCAGUGCCUUGCAAAAACCUAGUGUCAAAACAGGUGAGAAAAAGGAGCAGCACUUGAAAAAAAAUAUUGCAUUGGCAUUUUUAUUAGACAACAUUGUAGAUCCCUCAGGCUGAUUUUCUUAAAUGUUGCAAACAUUUUCCAUUCACAGUUGAGGGGGAUAAGUGUAACUCAACACACAGGAAUUGAAGCCUCUGAACAGGGCGUAAAACCCUUUUAGCAUCAGCACUGUUUGUAGCAAACCCAUGUGCAAGGCGUCAGCUAUUGGCUUCCAGCCAGCUCCAGAAAACUGGCAUUUUGCAAGAUGCUGAAGCUGUGGGAAUUGCACUAGCAGCAGGAACAGUGACUGCUGCAGAAGCAAGAACAGCACAAGUCUCCAGGGACUGUGUCUGGAGCAAAAUGCAGGAACUUCUGGCUUAUGGUUUGCUCAACAAAAGCCAGAGCUUAUCAUCAGCAAAGCAAUUCUAAUUUGUAACUUUUAAAGAGAAAGCUUUCCAUUGUUUGGGAGAAAUUAGAAGGGGAAAAAGGAGUAGUUUUCUUCAACCUGCUGUCCUGUAGCUGGAUAGUUCAGCCUAGUAGCAUGUCUGGGGCAGUGUCCCACUGUACUUGCAUGUAGCAGUAGUUAGCAACUUUCUUAGAGAUCUCAGGCAGAGUGGAAUAUCUCCAUUUUCUUACAGUUCCUUGGAACUGAUCAUAUAUUUUAUAUAUAUUCUAAUGGAGUCUGUACAAGUGGGAUAUUCCAGAAGGGGAAUAGGUGAUACUCUCUUUGCUGGUUUUCAGGUCUGAUCAGACUGUUCUUCCCAUGCGAGCUGCUGAACAAAGAAUUUUGCUGAUUGCUUAAAAACAAAACAACUCCAUCUCUCCUGAUCUUUCCAUCUCUCCUAGACAAUAGCUUGCAGUUCAGGUGUGUUUCUGUUCCAACCAUCUACUAAGGUUAAUUCAGUAUGAAGAAGUUUGACGAUGAGAGGAGUCAGAGGCAAAACUAAUUGGAAUAGGUAUAAAUGUAAUGUGAAUGUAUAUAGUUGAAAACAUGUGAGUAUAUGUUUAAAAUUUUGCAUAUAUUUGUAGGAACGUAAGUUGAAACAGAACUUUUGACUCAAAACUAAGGAUCACAGUAUCACUGUUUACAACAUUUCUGACAAAUGCAAUGUAUUGCAAACAGAUUUUAACUACCCUAAUGUGAUAGAUUUUGGUAGAUCUGGCUUGCUGAUUUUUGUCAAUGACAUGUUUUGGGGAAUUCAGUCACUCCUCCUCUGUAUGUGUUAUCACGUAGCUGGCAUGUUGUGCUUCAUGCAGUAUUCCAUAUGUGUGAAAUUGUAUUAUUCCACUCCUUGGCUUUUUAUUGUCUUAAGCAAACUUUGAUUUCAUGCUUGCCAUUCCAGUCAGUAGUACAGGAGUAUCCAAAAUCUCAAGAUCUAGCACCAGUCUCAUUUCAGAUUCCUGCAGAUACUUUAUGCUUUGGAGUUCUGUAGCUUUUUUUCAGCUGCAUCCCUUGACAGUACCAAUAACAUUCAGUCCAUUUUAUGCCCUGGUUACAAAGGUCUUUAGGUGGUUGCUAAACACCUUGUUAAACCUGAGAGGUGGCACUUCUGUCUCUCUGAGAGUUGGUUUAUCUUUUUGUUAAGAUUUUUUUUUUAAGUCUCCAGUAGUCUCUUCCACUACCAAAAAGUUACAAAAAAAAUAGAGGGCUUGUUGGGGAGAUGAUAAUUUUGCUGUUUGUUAUGUUGUUCAAUGACUUCGUAUUCUGUAUACCUAUGCUAAUGUGACCUGAAUUUCUGAUCCAUUGCAGAUCUCUUUCCUGUCACUCUUAUUGCUCACAGAGCUAGCCUUUACAAAAGCGUCAGAUAUGAACAUUAAAGUACAAUACUGAGUGUAUUUCAGUCAGAAUGCAAAAAUGUGCAGCCAUGAAUAGUAAAAAGAAAGUAUUGAAAUUACAGUCCUUCAAUAUGAAAAGCAUGUGUACAAACCAUUGACUUACACAUGAGAACAAGAAUGUAUGGCUAAAUAGGUAUGCCAGACUGAGGAUGCUGUUAAAAGGUAAAGAGUUUUAUAAACUCUAUUUCCUGUCAUAAUUUUCUUUCAUCUAAGCAAAUUUGGCAGUGUAGGUUCUAAAUACUCCCUACCUGUAAUUCUGGCUCUAUCUUUAAACAGGGUUCAAAUCAAAUUACUGGUCUUUCCUUCACAGAUUCUUCUUUUCCUGUGUUUUUAUGAGGAAACCUUACUGGAAUCUUAAUUACUUUAAAGAGUGUUACUGAUAUCCUAAAUUAAUGUGCUUGAACAAUUUCCAUAGAUUGGUUUGAAACAGUUUUUUUCAUCAAUAAGCUACCCUAGGCAUUUGCUUCCUUUCCAUGGAGUUUUUUUUUAAUGUUUGUAAACCUCAAGUCUUGAGUUUUUUAACUUGAACAAAUCUUUUCUUAAGGGGAUUGAAAGACUUGAUGGUAUGUGUGCAUGAGAUUUAUUACAAAAAUUUUACUUUUGUCUUUGUAAGUGGUGUCUCAGUGGCCUGGGCAGCAGGUGCUUGGUGUAGUGCAACAAUUAAUGAAUUGGUCCCAGUGAGGACUGAUUUUGAUUUUGGCUUUUAGGGUAUCAUUGACCCAUUGGAUAAAGCUAAAAAUUCUGACUAUUCUGAUCAAAUUCUGUUGUCUGUAAAUUAUGUUACUUUGUGUAAACUGUUCCUUUACAUUAUCUGCUUUGUGAAUCUAUUCAUAUAUAUUCCUGCCAACUCUACUAUGCAUGAAUGCAAAGAAAGAAACAAAGGUACAAUAAAGAUGUGGUUCAUGGUC